AUGAUGUCCGAUUGUCCAACGCCUCUCAAAACCAUGUCCAGUCCGUUGUGCGCACGAGGUGGAGCGGGACAUAUCACAUUGGAAUCAUUGUUGGAUUCACCGGGUCUCACACCUCCUUCGCCUCUGUCUGAAUCCAUGAAUGACUCGUGCUUGCCCGAAAACGGUGCAUUGCAACCCAGAAACCCGUUGCAUUUGACACAUCAUAAUGCACACAACUUAACUGAAGGACACAAUACGGGCAUAAUUUCCAUCAAUGAACAACAGAGGCUGGUAUUUUUACGUGAUGUUUGUGUUGAAUUGUUGUGUGUCCUCAGAAGUCAGGAUAUUAAUGGAUACUUCCUGUCCAGCGUCUCUGCUCUGGGCGUCGGAAAAGUAGGACAACUGAAAAGCGGCUCUUGUUUACUUCCAAACGGCGGCUAUCGCGAAGAUAGGCGAAAUAAAGUGAUCCCGUACACUUAUUUGGACUAUGGACCAUACUACUCGUUUGCCCCGAGAUUCGAUAGCGGUGCGUCGCAUUGUUCACCCGAAGCAAAUCAGUUAAUCCUGAGCACUUCUUGGCUCCCCGCUCGAACGGCUUUUCUUACCGUAAAGCCAAAACUUCCCAAAUCCACAUCCACCGAUGAACUUCCAGAGGGUACACCGGACCCGGACGAAAUCACCCAGGCCAUUCAAACUGCGGCAGUCUGUUCGGCUUUGGAGGCCGGUGAUCAUCAGUUGGCUGUCUCGUUGGCCGUGAUUGAAAUGGAAAACCAAGCCACUUCAAAAUUGUCCGCCGAACUAGAUCAGAUUCUCCCCGGUCCGGAAGUAGAUGACGACUGUGUGUAUGGUUUGUGCUUGGCAAACGCACUCACUCGGGACCUGCUUUCUGCCGAAACUUCCCAGAGUGCAAAAGAUACUUUGGAAGAUUUAGAGCAUUCGUCCGUCGAUCCGUCGGAAUCUGUCACGUGUGAUUUGGACCAACAAAAACCACCCUCUGAUGAAAUCCCAGACGAUUGUCCUGUUCCGUCCUGUGUCGAAAACGAGUUGGCAGAUAGUGCUACUGAGUUGCGUGCACUGUAUCGGGCUCAGUACCGUCGGCUCGGUGAUACUUCACAGAUUGCCGCAACUAGUGGUUCUACCUUAUAUCCAAGCUCGUCGGAAGUGGCCAUCGCACAUCGUCUGGUCGGACGUCUUGUUGAUUUGACCAAGCGUGCUAGGCCCCGGGAUCUGGUUCAUCCAUAUGCAUUACGUCGAGCCAUGGGCAUGAAACCCGAUAUGUACGCACUUCCGGAUGAGUUGGAUAAUGAUGGGGAUUUGGAAAUAUACCCGCGAAAAACAAAUGUUUUGACGCAAUAA